AUGUCCACCUCACAGUCCGACUCAGCAGUACCCUCUCCCGUCGUGCAGAAAAAACCACACCAUGUACCCAAGCGGGUCCCUCUGAGUUGUGAACCUUGCCGAAGGCAUAAACUCAAAUGUGACCGGGCAGUGCCAUGCAGCACUUGCACACGGUACAGCCGCGAAGACUUGUGCUUGCUAUAUCCUGCGCCGCCCAAAGGCAAAAGAGUCGACUCGCACCACAGACAGAAAACCCAGAACCAUCCUGCAUACACUGUCCGAGCCAAUAACGAUAAGCGACCCGCUCCAACCGCCUCUGGCAACAGGUCUUCGCCCUCGAGACACGGUGAUCUACUAGCAAACGUCUGGUCGGAUGACCCUAUCUAUGAAACGACCGAUUCCCUUGCAGAUGUUCCAGUGACCGAUCAAGUAACAGAACAACACCGACCACAGCGUGAACGGUGGCAUUUAGUCGAGGAUGUCCCUCUCCUUACCGCAAACCAGUCGUUGUCUACGAGACAUCAGCACUUAUCUGCGACCGGAGAUGCUACGACGGCACAGCCAAAUGAUGCUGUGGGCAUUUUAUUUCCACAAAACCUUCCCCUGUUUCAAUUUUCCACUGGUCACGACGGCAGCCUGUUGGACACCUUGGAGUUCUCGGAUGACGAGCUGCAGUGGAAGAAACUUCUCGUCAGAUUGCUUCCGACUCGAACUCAAGCAGACAUACUCCUAGGAUAUUUCAUUGAGAAUAUAAAUUGGCUUUUCCAGACGGUCCACAUUCCCACAUUCCGAAAAGAGUAUUCGUCAUUCUGGGAUGGUAAGGUCGAAGAUGCAAAUCUACCGUGGAUGUCGCUGUUGUUUACAAUACUGUCCUUGAGCGCACUAUACAUCCCUGGCGACGCUGUGGAAGUAGUGGGCCUGCAGCGGGAAUCAAUCCGAAAACAUGCCCACAUAUGGCAUCGCGCUUGCCUACAGGCUCUUCAGGCUGGCAAUUAUGAAAGAAAACCAACUCUAUUACAGUUGCAGACAUUUUCAAUCACGCAGCUGUACUGGUACGCAACCAAUGAUAUUGAAACCAUCAAUUCCCGAAUGGGCCAGGCUGUCCGAAACGCUCAAGCUCUAGGUCUGGACAAAGACCACACGCCUGCUAGCAAUGUAGCCGAAGAGAUGAGACAUCGUCUGUGGUGGGAUCUGGUAGAUUCGGACACAUUCCAGUCUAUAUGUCUUGACCGACCACCCUUGAUUCAGGUGCACCUCACCAAUGUGCCGCUUCCUCUCAAUUGCAACGAUCUCGACCUGGGUCCGGAUUUCGCACAUGCAAAGACCUUAGAUGAGCCUACCACGAUGAGCAUGAAUAUUUAUCGAGCGAGGGUAUUCCAACUCAUCAACCGCGCCUUGGUAACUGAUCCAUCUCAAUUCCAGUCGUAUAAUUCAGUGAUUGAGAUUGACCGACAACUUGUGAGAAUCAUUGACGAAUUGCCAUGGUAUUUUCAGCUCGACAAUGAUGGAAAACCUAAAACCUUCUCUGUUGCUCAUGAUUUUUUAACAUGGCAAAACCACAUCCUGCGGACUUGUGUCAGUACGCAGCGUAUUCGCAUGUAUCGCCCUUUUCUUGAUACGGUCACGAGCGCCUUUGACACCUGUAUUGCGGCAGUUGAGGGUUCCCUGGCCGUGUAUCGGACCCUUCGCAGAAACAGGCCGAUAGCUACGCAACAAAAGUUCUACCCACAGGCAUACCAGAUCUUCUCCGUUGCCGUCACACUGGCCGCAUUGCUACUAGUCGAGCGAACCAUCCCAAACGCUGCUCGCUUCCGGGUUGACAUCCAAAGCAUGGCUGCCGACCUGGGUCUGUUGGAAACUCAAGCGUGUCCUGUGUCGAUCGCCGUUAAUGGCCGUAGCGUCCUACUCAAGAUGAUAUCGCUGUUCGAGCAGGGUGACUCUUGCUCACCCGAAGAUGCUGAAGGCCUCGUUACAGACAUUUCCAUCAUCCUCGGAGGGGAAAAUACUACUCGCGCAUACCUCGGACGACGGACUGCUGCCGAAACGCGUAAUGGCAACCAAGGCCAUGCUAAUUUGGGGGACGGUAAUGCUCAAGCCGAUAUCAGCGGGGGCCUUCUGGGCUCUGAGAUAUCUCCUGCUCAACUUAUGGACGCGCAGCCUACUGACCAGGUGCUGUCAUUGACACCUCUUGUUGGAGGGGUAGAGGGACUCUUCGCCUGGGAUGAUUUCCAACUUAGCGACCCUUAUGGUCUCUUCAACUGGGAUAUGACCGGUUUGUUAUCGGAUGUUCUAGCUAGCGGCAGAGAGUGA